AUGAACGACAGUCCAAAUCAUAAAAGGGAGAGUAAAAACUAACCUUCACUUAACUAAUAAUAAACUGAGUCAUCAAAUCCAUCAAAUGGUUAACCUAAAUCUGAUUAAAAUUAGGAGAAAAAGCCCCAAACAAUAGGAAACUAUGUUUUAGGAAGGGAUCUUGGGAAAGGUACCUUUGGAAAGGUCAAAGUCGGAACUCAUGUUCUUACAGGAGAAAAGGUUGCUGUAAAGAUAUUAGAAAAGGAUAAAAUAGCUGAUGUUAGUGAUGUUGAAAGAGUUGCAAGAGAAAUACAUAUAUUAAAGAUUGUUAGACACCCCCAUGUUGUACAAUUAUAUGAAAUUAUUGAAACAAGCAAGGAACUUUACUUGAUGAUGGAGUAUGCUAGAGGAGGUGAGUUGUUUGAGCACAUCGUCCAUCGUAAAAGAUUAAGAGAGAAAGAAGCAUCAAGAUUUUUACAUUAGAUAAUAUCAGGCAUUGAAUACUUACACAAGUUAGGCAUUUGUCAUAGAGAUCUCAAACCCGAGAAUUUGCUGAUGGAUGAACACAAUAACGUUAAAAUUGUUGACUUUGGUCUAAGCAACACUUACAAGAAUAAUGAAUUGCUUAAGACAGCGUGUGGUAGUCCAUGCUAUGCUGCUCCUGAAAUGAUUGCUGGCAAGAGAUAUAAUGGAUUGAUGUCAGAUAUAUGGAGCUGUGGUGUAAUAUUGUUUGCAAUGGUAUGUGGAUACUUACCAUUUGAAGAUCCUAAUACUAAUUUACUUUAUAAAAAGAUUCUUGGGGCAGAUUAUUCGAUACCUUAGUUUGUAAGUACUGAAUGCCGAGAUCUCAUGACAAAAAUUUUGGUAACCGAUCCAACUUAGAGAAUUAAAAUUGAAGAUAUAAGAAAGCAUGCUUGGUACAAUAUAGUGAAUGUCAAAGAUUAUGGAGGUAUCAUUGUCGGGACUCAUCCGAUUCCAGUUGAUACUGACAUAAUCACGUAACUUGAAUAAUAUGGCUUUGAUUUAGAGCAAUCUAAAAAAUUUGUUGAAGGAAAUAGACAUAAUUAGUAAACCACUACCUAUUAUUUGAUUCUUAAAAAGCAUCUUAGGUCUGGCGGCAAGAGUGUGGCUGAUAUCACAACUUAUAAUCCUUAAAAGUACAUUGAAGACCAACAAUAAAAAUAGAACUUAGUGUUUCGUUCACAUAUAAGAAGUAGCAGCUAGUCUAAUAAUGCGAUGAUCAAUAGAACAUAGUAUGGCUAGUUUAGUUAAGAUUUUACUUAGACCAAUUAUACAACAACUUAGCUUCCUGGAGUAUAGGAAUAUGGAACCGCAAAAAACUCUGUUUCAACAAGACUAAAAUCAUAGGAGCCAAUAGGGCAAAAUAAACUUCCCAUGAACAAUACAGUCAUUCCUUAAAGAUAUUAAACUUCUGUUUAGAACAACAAGACUAAUGUCUCUAUCAGAUAAGACUAAUCUCCCUCUCCGCACUCUUAUUUUUAAAAUCAGUAAUAAUAAAUAUCAACUUUCGAUUAAGCAACUAACAAUUAAAAAUCCUAAAACUAACCCUAAAACUCUCCAAUUAUUGAUAUGAGUCAAAGAAAGUAACUUUAAAAUAGGAAAUCAACAGCUGUCUAAAACAACUCAUCUUAAGACUACGAGAUGCUUCCAUAAGUAAUUUCAGGUCUAUAAACUGCUAACUAGUAUAAGAAGCCAUUGAACACAACAACAAAUCAGUAAAACCAAUAAAACUUAAUUAAUGCUGCUAAUUAUGGGGGCUUUACAACAAAUUACGACAUUCCUUUUAUGUAUUUUACACCAAGAGAUGCUGUAAAAUUUAAGAAGAACAAGAACAAAAAUCAACAGCUAAAUAUGUAAAAUAUUUCAGCGAUAGUUUAUUAGACUAAUAGGAAACCGAGCUUGAACAAUAGUAUGAUAAACAACAGUACCAAUCAAUAGAAUAUGACAUAGUAUAUUGCACCGAAGAGAAAGGUUUUCAAGAGUGUAAUAACUUAGCCAGUUGAUCAAGAAUAUAAUAGCUCCAAUACAGCACUUGAAUAGACUUAGAUUAAUUUCAAUCCUUAGAGAAUGCCUCCAACAACGGCAGGUGUUUCGAAGCUUAAUAGUUCAGUUGAUGCUGCUAGACUCUAAAAGUAGAUAUAAGAGUAAAUUUAACAGAGACAAGCAUAAGUUAAAUAAGAUUCUAUAAAAUCAAGAGGUCAAGGCUAUACAUCCUAACAGCGGCCUAUUCUUAAUAAUACUAGUAACAUAUAAGGCAGCAUGCCCUAUGGUACUGUAAAUAAUAUUGCUUAGAAUUUCGUUUUUAAUGGUAAUAUUCCAAACAUGACACAGGUUGGCUUUAAUAAAUUGAAAAAAAAUAUUGCAAAUCAAUAGUAAGCCCCAAUUAAUGUGAACAUUACAAUAUACAAAAUUGAUAACAACGGGAUACCAAUAUAAGACUUAUAGAGUAGGGGUAAUAAUUAUAUUUAAAAUAAUAAAUAAUAGAGCAGCAAAAGCCCUCGCUCAAAUACUGUCCUUAAUGAUUAAUGA